UUAGAAGAGAGAACUUAGUUGAAGAAGGAUGAAUCCUCAAGGAUCAUCAAAACUAGCAGUAGUAAUACUAACUUUGUUCGUAGCAGCAACGACUUCAUCUAAGAGUACUACUAGAAUUACGGACAAAACUGAAGAAACGCUGAAGUACUCGUUUUCGUCCAUCCACAACUUCAUCGGAGUUAAUAAAAUUGAUGAUCGUAACUCUAACUUACUCCAAAAUGAUCAGUCAAGGAGUAAGGAUCUACAGAUGGGUGCUACAGCAUGUUGUGAUGAGUGUAUUCCUACAAGAUCAAACCCACCAAAAUGCCAGUGUGACGAUAUCAAGCCUCAAUGUCAUGCAAACUGCAAGCUGUGUAGGUGUACUAGAUCUCAGCCUCCUCAAUGUAGAUGCAUGGACGUAACUUCUUUCUGCUAUCCAGAAUGCUCGUCCUCAUCAGUAACAAUCCCAGAUGAAUGAAGAUGUUUGUUGGCCACAUUAGUAAAUUAAUGGCUCGGGGAAUCAAGAAUGGAUAAUAUCGAUCUAUCAACCCAAUAGUAAUUAAUGUAUCAACCCUUUAGGAGUAAAUGUACUAAGAAAAAUAAAACUAAAUGGUGCAAUCCUACUAAGAAAAAUCAAAUGAGUAUUCUGGAUCAGACUAAGGUCACUUUAUCGUAUUAUUUUUCGUCAAUGACCGUUUAGCAGAAAGAUUGGUAUACUUGACUCUGCUCAUAGACUAACUGAUAUACAUUGCAGGGAAACAUGAUCAG